AUGUUUUUCCAAGGUGACUUGCAGAGUGGUAUCUCGCAGGCGAUUCAGGAGCACAAGCUGGUUGCCUGCUUCGUCAGACAAGGUAUGCCAGCUGACACUACAUUCAUCCUACGCAGUCUAAUGAGCUGUCANGAUGACGACGAGACAAGCCAGAAGUGGGAGAGCGAGUGGUUGGUUGCCCCUCUUGACGCAUCCACAGAUGCAGAUGGACAGCAGUCAUUAGGAGAGCAACUGGGCGACAAGGCAGUCUUGCUUCGAAUCAACGCAGGAUCCGUAGAAGCUGGAUUUCUCGGAGCCUUUUGUUCUCUCGACUCUUUACCGAAGCUUUUAGUCAUACGAGCAGGAUCCGUCGUCGAAAACAUCGACGCAAGCGUCACCGAAGAAGAAUUCAAGAAGCGCAUAACUGCUCUACUACAACCCCCGACGCAACAGCAGCAGCCACCACAAUCGGCCAACCCUAUCCCCCAAGAUGCCGACACGGCCACCGCAGAUGUCAGCCAAGUUUUGUCGAACGUUCCNCUCAUCGGCGAAAGAGGGACAACGCUACGGGAAUCAGACGCGGUACCUCGGGAGACUGCAGAGACCAACGUCCCCAUACCAGCACCUACCAGUCAAGGCAACAAUGCAACCAUGCAACAAUUCCUGACCGAGCGCGGAGCCCGUCUCGAGGCUGAUCGCAAGAAGCAAGAGGAGGCAGCAAAGGAGGCACGUAAGGCUACAGCAAAGGCGCGCAAGGAGGAGGCAGACAAGCAAGCUGCCGAAUCAUCGUCACUGCCUCAGAACAAACAAGAUUGGGCCGACCAGCAACGAAACCGCAACAAAGAGGCGCGUCAGGAGAGGGAGAGAAUCCUCAAGUCAAUCGAAUCUGACAAGGCCGCAAGGAAAGAGAAGGAACGACAAAGAAAACUCGCCGCUCAAGGCGAGCCAUCUACAGCAGCUGCACAGCUACCAGUACAUACUGAUACUGCCCCGGGUAGAAACCCCAGCGUUUGCGCGCUUCAGAUCAGACUGUUCGACGGUAGUUCGCUACGAACUAAGUUUGAUCCUUCCGCGACUCUUGCGACUUCGGUCAGGACAUAUAUUUCACAGAACUCGCAGACAGAUGUCCCGUACGAGUUCCGCCAGAUACUCCUGCCCAAUCCCAGCCGUAACAUUUCGGUCGGCGAAGAGGGCGAGUCACUCAAGUCGCUUGGUUUGACACCUAGCGCGACUCUGGUCUUGGUGCCAAUCAAAGGCUAUACAGAUGCUUAUGCCAGCGGCAGCGGCGGUCUGGUCUCCAAGGGGUUCAAUGCCGGAUUUGGACUCUUGUCAGGCGCGGCAAGCAUGCUGGGAAGCGCCGUNGGGGGUGUUAUGGGCUACGCAUCAAGCACAACCGAGAGACAAGGCCCCUACGUAGCCGGAACAGCAGAUGCCGGCGAGACUUCUAACGUGGAGGGAGACAGAAUGGCCAAUAGGUCAGCUGGCAUCAACAUCCGCACACUUGGUGACCAGAGACGAGAGACGGAACAGAAUACUGAGCUAUACAAUGGCAACCAGGUGAGUACUUUUAAGCAGCCGAGUGCGAAGACAGCGGUGAUUGACGGAACACAGCUAAACUUCGAGCCGCGGAAGAACAAGGAUGGCCAGGAUGCCAAAGAUGAUUGA